AUUGAGGUAUAUUUACUGACAUUAAAAGAUACAUUUUAAGUGUACAAUUUGAUGAGUUUUCACAAAUGUAAGGGCAUUAAGGUCAUCAGGGAUUUAGCAGAGGUAUCCUGGCCAGGAAAGAGAACACCACCAGGGCUUUUGGGAAACAGGGCCAAGUGGAAACAUAAAGGGCCGACAGGAGAUUAUUGGUCCUGAGGUUUCACUGAAGCAGGACCUGCACCUCUGGGAUGUCUGGUAACUUCGCGGCACUUCUUGGUCCUCCCGAGGGAGUGAGCCAGCUCUCUUUCACAGCAGUCUCCACCAAUCUCCCAUGUACAGACCACGAGGGAGACCUGGGACUGAGUUCUGUCUCUUGCCUGUCUUGCGACUCCCCUGCCAUCAACCACUGCCCGCAUCUCUGCGGAUCGAUGGGGAGCGCUCCAGCUUGAGAAGUCAAGCUUCUCUCCUGCCGCCACACCCACCUGGCCCGAUUUCCUCUUCAUUCUUAGUUAGAAGCCGGUUUCGGGUCAGCAGCAGUACCGCUGGCUGGGAAAAGCCAAAGGGCUACGCCAGGUGCUGGCCUCCGGAAUCGCCCCUCGGGUCUGCCCUCCUCCGGUUCCUUGGGGCUCUUGGCGUGAUGAGCUGGCCCCGCCCAGCAACCAGUAGCUAUCUCUCGCCCUUCUGCACGUAAAACCCUCUAGGGGGUUGCAGGUUCAGCUUCACUUAGAGACCGCAGCUCUUGAGUUCAGGUUAGGUAGAAAAACUCAGGCAGGAAUGGGGACUCGGGUGAGGCGUCUGAAGUUGGCCGCAGACUUUCUCUCCGGAAUUGGGAGAGCCUCUUCCGAAAGCCCUAAGAGCUGCCCGCCCAUGCAAGAAAAAACCGCUGGGGUUGGUGCUGCUAACAUCUGGGGAAGAGCGAGGUGCCGCCCCCGGCGACUGGGAAAUCCCUGGGGUGGCGCCGGCUGUGGGUGGGGCCGGGGUGGGGUCCCGGCGGAGGGCGGGGCCUACCUGGGCGCCAGGGUGUGCCAGCCUAGCCCUGCACAGCCGAGGUGGUAGUGGCCCGGGUCUGUGGCUCGCGCUCUACCUGCCCCUGAACCUCGCAGCUAUGGAGGGACCCCAGGAGCUUCUGAGUGGGAAGCUCCAGCUCUGCUUCACCCCGGCUGCCCGGACCAGCCUCCUACUGCUCAGGCUCAACGAUGCAGCGCUGCGAGCGCUGCAAGAGUGUCAUCAGCAACAGGUACGGCUGGCCCGGGCCCCCUCCUCUCUAUCCCCUGCCUGUCCGGAGGUCGGGUCUCAGCCGGCGACCCCGGCGAAGGAACCUGGGGAUGGAGAGCAGCGUCCUCGGGCUCUGGCCUCCCCAACUCUCCAAGUGAAGCCGGCUAGGCAAGUCCCCCCACCCCGGGCUCCCGACGCCGGAUCCUGGGGACGCCGUUUCUGCUGCUCUUGGCUCAAGUCUGUGCUCUGCCCGCAGGUUCGGCCAGUGAUUGCUUUCCAAGGCAACCGAGGGUACCUGAGGCUCCCAGGUCCCCACUGGUCCUGCCUCUUUUCCUUCAUAGUGUCUCAGUGUGGCCAGGAGGGCCCUGGUGGUCCAGGCUUGGACCUUGUGUGCCAGCGCCUAGGCAGGUCUGGUCCUAACCGCCUCCACUGCCUGGGUCCACUCAGGGGGCGCCUCACGAUUUGGGCAGCUAUGGAUUCUAUCCCAGCUCCAUCUGCAGUUCAGAGACACAACUGGACUGAAGAUGCCAGGGAUCGUAAGAGCUGGCAGAAUGUGGGAGACUAUCCUGAAGGAAACACAAUUUCACAGUCACAGAUGGCACUAGAAGAGGUGCCAGACCCACUGGCAAGCAGCCAAGGACAGUCACUCCCAGGAUCCUCGAGGGAACACGUGGCACAGUGGGAAGUGAGGAACCAGACCCUUCUUCCAAACAGAGAUCCUGAUCAGGCACUGCCUCCCUCUGCUAGCCAGAAACACGUGGACAAGAAACGUUCAGCGCCUGCAGCUACGGUAGAAUUAAAACAAAAGAGGCUCAGAACUCUAGCUCCAAGUCCCCUACAAGGACUGCCCAGUCAGGACUUACAGGAGGAAGAUUGGGAGCAAGAAGAUAAAGAUGAAGACAUGGGUCCCAGGCUGGAACACAGUCCCUCAGUUCAAGCAGAUUCUGAAUCCCCAAGCCCUGAAGAAGUACCAGAUUACCUCCUGCAAUACAGGGCCAUCCACAGUGCAGAACAGCAACAUGCCUAUGAGCAGGACUUUGAAACAGAUUAUGCCGAAUACCGCAUCCUGCAUGCUCGUGUUGGGGCUGCAAGCCAAAGGUUCAUAGAGCUGGCAGCUGAGAUGAACAAUGUUCAGCGAGGAACUCCUGAACACAAGGUGCUGGAAGAAAAGAUAGUCCAGGAAUAUAAAAAGUUCAGGAAGCGGUACCCAGGUUACAGGGAAGAGAAGCGCCGCUGUGAGUACUUGCAUCAGAAACUGUCCCACAUCAAAGGUCUCAUCUUGGAGUUUGAGGAAAAGAACAGGGGCAGCUGAAGCUGACACAUGGCUCUUUACCCUAGUGUGAUAUGAAAGAAAAAAGCAGCUAUUAACUGAGAGGACAGUUGUCUGCUCUUCGUCUUGCUGAGUCCAUAAUGGCAAGUAGGAGAGCUGCUCUAGGUUCUUGAGGUUUGGUUCUCAUUAUUACCAUAUUUAAAUUUUUAGGGCAUUGGCACAGUGCCAAGACUCCACAGCUGUGCCAGGAGUUAUCCCGUAACUGAAAACUAGGCAAAGUAGCAGAGGCUUGGCUUCUCCACCUUUAGUUCAGCCAAGUCAUUUUCAAAUCCUGAGAAAUGACACCAUUUCCAAGAUAUCUUGAGAACAUUAGAAUUUACCUGGUAGCUUCCCUGAAAAAACCUUUGGUAACAGAACUAAAGGAACUUGUAAUACAACAGGACAUAAUGGGAAAGGGCUUGGGUGUUACCCAUGUACUCGAAGUGAAUUCUUUUACAAACAUGGCU